CUCCCGAAAGAUUCGUUGGCUCAACCCCGGCGGAGCUGCUAGUGCAGCAUCGCGAGCGACAUUGCCCGGAGCUAUGCUGGGUUCACUGCACAGGAGCCUAUAGGCCUAGUCCAGCCCAGGUCUUCAAUUGAGCAAGCAGGCGAUCACAACUCUAGUCUUCGAGCCAUUUCGACUACCGUCACACAAACUCCAAGCCUUCAAGUUCUUACGGGACCAAACCUGGAAUACUCAGUCAAAAUGCGCCUGUCUAUUCUCAGUGUCCUUGAUUCUCUGGGCUCCAUGGCCUUAGCCCAGGUUAACUCGACGAUUGUGAUCGAAAGCCUCAACACCCUAACUGUCAAGCACCAAAAGAUGAUUGAGCCAGCCAAACAACUCAGCGUCGCCAAUCUUCCCCUGUUGCACCUCGACAGUCGUCAUCGGUUUCAUCGAGAGUAUAGACGUGGUCCUGAAGCAGAGACUGUCAUCUUUAAAACUCAUGCACCGAUGGCCAUAUUCGAGGGCCCAGAGGCUACGGCUAUUGCCGCUGCCUUCAGCACCUUCGUCAAGGUGCAUCUGCAGCUGCUGGAAGCCUUGAGGACGGUCAAGACCGUCAUGCACCCGUUUGCGUCUCUGUUGAAUUUCCUCAACCAGAAACUUCCCACUGUCCAGGCCAGUGUUGCUGCAACGAUGGAGCACGACAUUUACGGCCUGGAAUUCACUUUAUCGAGGGCCUUUUGA